UGAUUAUGGAAACACCUACAAUAUUAAGAUCAGAAAAUAAAAAAAUUGAAUAUAUAGGAAGAUUUAAAGUAUUACAAGUAUUAGGAUCUGGUUCAUUUGGGACUGUGUAUAAAGUAGUUACAUAUAAAGGUUUAGAAUUUGCUUUAAAAUAAAUACACAACAAGAAAUUAAAAAAACUAAUGUUAGCUGAAAUUAAUGCUUUAAAAAGUGUAUAGUCGAAAUACAUAGUAGGAUAUCAUGAAUAUUUUUAUGAUAAAUAAAAUAUACCAUGCAUUGUAAUGGAGUUAUGUGAAGGAGGUACAUUAAAUGAUUAUAUGAAAAAGUUUCCAUAUAAUUGUAUCCCCGAGAAAUAAGCAAUGAUGAUUUUUGUAAAAAUAUUAAUAGGUAUGAAGGCUAUUUAGAGGGCUAAAUUAAUACAUAGAGAUAUAAAAUUAUAAAACAUAAUGAUGGAUAAAUAUAAUUAACCAAAAAUAGGAGAUUUUGGACUUGCAACUCACACAGAUAAAAAAUAAGAAUAAAAUGCAGGAACUCCAAUAUAUAUGGCUCCGGAAAUUUUAAUGGGAGCAACUUAUGAUUAAUAAGUAGAUAUUUGGAGUUUAGGUGUUCUUUUAUUUAUUAUGCUAUUUAAUGAUUUCCCUUUUGCAGAAAAUAAUGAUUAUUCUUAAUUAUAAAAGAUAAAUAAAUUAUGUGAACCUUGUUUUAGUUUUAAUUCAUUAAAAAAGACAAAGUACUAAAAUAUAUAGAAAUAAUUAGAAGAUAUUUUUGAGUAAAUAUUUGUUAUAAACCCUGAGAAAAGAAUUCGUUUGGAAUAGCUUAUAGAAAUGGAGUUUGUGAAAAAAUACGAUGUUAAUAAUGAAUUGUGUGAAAAAGAAGAAUAACAAAAAUAAGAUACUUAAUAAAAAUAGAAAAUAUUUAAAACUUUAGAAAGUUAUCAACUAGAAUCACCUAGCAAUAAAUUGAUGUUUUAAAGAGUUUCAAAUUCUCAAAUUUCUAAUGAAAAUAAUAAUAAAAAAAAAUAAAAAGAUAAUAAUAUAUAUGAAAUUCAUCUUUUGCCCUAUAAUUAAUUUCUUAAUAGAGCAAAUCUACUUAUUGAUCUCUAUUAAAUAUUAUAAAACAAAGAGGAGUUCAUUUCUUGGCUUAAUUUUAAUGAAUAUCAAUUAUAAAUUGUGUAAUAUUAUAUAGCUUCCGCUAUUUUUUUCAGUUUUUAAGCUUUGAAUAAAAUUCUUGAUGAAAGAGAAAAUAUUAAUGGUUUUGAAAAUUGGUCUUCUUUUGUUUUCAGUAAAUCUUAUUUAAGUCUUUUUGGAUAAGUUUAAAUUGGUUAAGAAAUUUGGUUUGAAAAAGUAGACUUUCAUUACCAGGAAUAUUCAAAAAUAACUUCUUAAACUGAAUUCAAGAUUAUGAAUGACAUAAAUAUCAAUAUUGAUAAAAAUUGUAAUGAAAUCCCAGGAAUUACAGAUGUAAAAUAGGGUGUAGUUCCACCUCAAUAGAUUAUAGUCCCAUAAGAAUUCUCUCUUUGUGAACCUAAAUUAACAAAAGGGUUAAAAAUAUAUUUAAGGGCAGUACUUUUGACUGUUUAUUCAAAAUUAUAAGCCUCUUCAAAUUAAAAAUAAUCAUCUGUUUCUUCAAUGUCAAGCUUUAAUAAUAUAAGAGAAAAUAAUUAGAUAAGUAUUUCUAACAUUUAAUAAUAACAAAAUAAAACUAUUAAAAAUGAACUUAACAUGAGUAGAAAUAAUUUCAAUAGGAAAAAUUCUCCUACAAAAAAUAUUAAUAAUAAUAAUAAUUUAAGUAAUAGUGUUUUUAUAAAUAAUUUAUAAUAAUUAUAAUAGUAAAGUUCUAAAUAAAAUACAAAUAAUUUAUAUUAGAAAUCAAAAGAAAAAAAUAAUUAUAAUGAAUAAUUGAAUUAAAUUGAAAAUUAAAUUAAUCUAAAAAAAUAAAGAUAUUCAUUCAAAUUUUUACUUUGUAGUGUUGUUAGUCAUAUAAUAUCUUUAAAAACUAGUUGUGUGGAAUUAGAUGAAUUUAAAAAAUAUUUAUAAACAAAUAAAUAUAAUGAAGAAGAAAAAAUAUUUAAUAUUUUUUUAAAAUGGCUUGAUGAAAUUUAAUAAGAUAGUAUUAAAAAUUAAAUUUAAAUUAUAUUUAAUAAAUAUUUGCCUAAAAUAGACUAAAAUAAUAUGGAGUUUUUUUGA